AUGUUCUUUAAACUACUGAUAAGAGUUCUGGAGAUCCAUGUCAUACUAACAGCAAAAGGAAGAGCCGAGCUUCUGAAGAUCAACCUUCGUGAGGUCGAAUUAGAUCCUGAUAUUCAACUGGAAGAUAUAGCCGAGAAGAUUGAGGGCUAUUCUGGUGCUGACAUCACUAAUGUUUGCAGGGAUGCCUCUUUAAUGGCAAUGAGACGGCGUAUCAAUGGCUUAGGUCCUGAAGAGAUCCGUGCACUUUCUAAAGAGGAACUUCAGAUGCCUGUUACCAAAGGAGACUUUGAAUUGGCCCUAAAGAAAAUUGCUAAGUCUGUCUCUGCUGCAGACUUGGAGAAGUAUGAAAAAUGGAUGGUUGAAUUUGGAUCUGCUUGAAUUUCUGUCAACUCUUUAAUUUCUGGUAUUUUUGUUUAUAAAAUAUGAAGAAAUUCCUGCAAUUUUUAAAAAACAGAUUUGGAAUUUUUUUCAGUGGAGUGAUUUUCACUUAAAGGAAAAAAAAACAUCUAAAACUGUGAAGAAUACUAAAUGUAGUUGAGAAAUAAUUCAGGGCGAGAGUUUGCUAGUCUCCCUUCCCUGGCUUUGUACUGGUAUUCCACGUAUUCCUGCAUUAAUAUUGCACACCCAAACCAGUCUAUCAGGGAGGCUGAAGAGAGGGAGCAGUGUGCUAUUUUAGAAACUUGUUUACAGAAGAUUUAGAAAUACCCCUAUUUCUCAUUUGCAGUUGUUUUUCUUUGUUUUUGUUUUUGUUUUUUUCCACUUCUUUGCUCUGUCAACAUGAGGGACCUAUCUAUACAGGUUGACUUUUAACAUCAAAAUUGGAUUUGUGUCACACUCUGUAUUUAUUGUUAAGAGAAGAAUGACAGUAUAUUUUGGAGGAAAUAAUUUACUGAUUAAACCUUUAGAAUUUA